AUUGUUCUAAUUCUGAGUUAAUUUCUUAGUUGUUGGCUUGUUGUUGAUUAUAAAUUAAUUAGAAAUUUUUUAUUUUAACAAUGAAAUAUAAUGUUCAUUUUAAAAAUUUUAAUUAUUUUAUUUUAUUUUUAAUUAAAUCGGUUCAACCACAAUUUGACUUUGGUUAGACUAUUGAACUAUUGAACCAAUCACUCGACUGGUUCAUUGACCGGUUUAGGUCUCACAACUUUGGUUUUAGUUUAGGACUUGGGUUUUUGUGUUUUCUUCAUUAACCUAUGAUAACCUUUCUUUCUUUUUUGGUCCACUAACCUUUUCUUGGUCAUAACCUAUAAUAAUCUACAAGGACAAACAUGACUAAUUUAUAAUUUUUAAAAGACAAAUUUGAUUAAAAAAAUCUCUCAAAAACUAAUUUAGAAGACUAAUUUAAAAAACGAGUGAUCUUUUAGGGACUAAUUUGACCAUUUAUUCAACCCUAUAUUAGUUUGCUUUACCCAUUAUCCUCUUGCCCCUGGGCCCAGGCCCAGGCCCAGGCCCAAGCGUUGAUCUGUUUUGUCUUUCUCUGAAUGAGGCUUCUCGGCUCUUGCUAGCUGACCUCGCUUCCCUUCUUCUCCGCGGCGGCCUACUCUCUUUUCUGCUUAACAGCUGCCUCCUCUUCUCCCCUCUGCCGCCUCCUCUCCACCGUUGAAGUUGAAGCUGAAGCAUGGAGGGUCUGCGGCAAAUAUGGUGUCAACAGCACCGGUCUCUUUCUCAGCUUCUUUUCCUCCGAUCAAUUUCUUCCAAGAUUUUUGUCAAAGGUUUAGCAUUUUCUACCACAAAAGAGAAAUUAGCUGAAGCCUUUUCAGAAUAUGGCAAUGUCCUAAAUGCUGAUAUAGUACUGAACAAAGCCAAGAACAGAUCUAAGGGUUUUGGAUAUGUGACCUUUGCUAAGGAGGAAGAAGCCCGCAAGGCACAGAUGGCUAUGAAUGGAAAGAUAUUGCAUGGACGUGUUCUGUACGUGGAUAUGGAACCAAAUAAGAAACCAGAAAAAUCAUCUUUUGACAAGGCAACUACUGAUGGUUGAUUUGAUCCUCAGUGAUGCUUUGCAUAACCACUAAUUAUUCUGACUCACAAGGGGGAACUUGAUACAUUCCAAGCCUAAGAUUAAAUUGUGAAUUUAGUAGAAUUCUCUUUAGAGUUAGCAACUGGCUUGAACAUAAUGUAUCAGAAUGGGACCUUAAACAUGAGAAGAAGGAGCUGCAUCUCCUCUCAGUGUUUUGCAUAUAACAAUGUUGUUUUGUUCACAUUGUAUAAGUUCUCUCUAUUUUGAUCCACCAAUGAUGUUAAGCGUGGUAGUGGUCACAUUCACACCUAGUAACGGGUCCCUGGUUGCUAAUCAUGCUUGUUGAGAAGCAAAUUUUUAUGUAAACACCUUUGCAAAGCAUGGCAUGCUCGUAAAGGAUGAGAUCUCAAUAAAUCUCUGUUUAUUUUCCUA